AUGGCAGUUCGCAGCUCUGACCUUGUGCCUUUUGCCUACUUUGAUGAAACCCAAGCCAGCGCAGAGUUAACCAGAGUUUGCGCAGGCUCCAGUCAGCCAGGCAAUUGCCAUUCGUAUGUGAACCUUCUGGAGGGCGAUAGGAGCCAUUCACAUUGCCUGCUUUGCCACAAAUCUUGCAAAAUUCCUGGAGACAUCACCGCUGCACUGUUUCAUUUGGCAGGGCCAAAAUCAGGCACCGAGGCGAUUCUGGAAAAGAUUGGUCAACACUUGAAAGCUUUCAAGCCUAGGUUUGCCUUGGUGGAGUGCGGGCUGGUGGACGAUAUCACCAACGAGCAAGAGUCGCUUUGUCGGAAUCUGGCAUUGACGGGUGCAGACGUGUACAAGGCAGUUGACCCCUUCUUGAAAUCCAUAGAGGAGGGCAUCAGCUUUGGUGGCAUUUCGGCUUACGAUGCUGAGGAAUUUGUUGCCUGUUGCAAGAACGCAGGACGGUACGAAUGCACCAUUCAGGGAGACUUUUUCAAGCACCAUUGCUAUGCACACACUUUUCCCCCAAGUGUGGGCCAAAUUCAAAGAAUGGCCGCUGAUUUUUGCCAAAGGUCUCAGGCGUCUCAUGUGCUUCAGUGGCCGCAACCUGUGGAUGUGCAAGUCAUCUCUGGCAAACCUCGGAAGGGAAAUGUCACAACCUUGGCAAAUGAAGCUCUUUGGUUUGGUUUCCUCAAGUAUUUUGCCGACCAGAUCGAGGCAAAGAAUGCACCAGAGAUUUCCAAGUGUCGGAAUGCUCUCCGGCGUGUCAGGGUCACGUUUCAUGCCGUUGACUCAGCAGAUGAUGCCGCCAAAAAGAAAUGGUCUUUGGAGCAGCAGACCCAGAACAUUGCCGGAGCGCAAACCCUGAGAGGAUUCAAGCGAAUCCUGGGAUAUGCCGAGAUCCGUGAGUCGUUGAAGGCGCAAAUGCUGCCUCACAAUGCUGAGGCCAUUUCUGCAUGGCAGCACACGGCCAAUGUGCAGGUGAGCGCGAAGAAUUUGAGCAAUCUCUUGAGGGUGCACGAUCGGAUGGUUGCCGCUGGCUCUCCCUGUUUGGAGAGCAUCGAGCAAAUGGAUUCGCGCUUUGGUGCGGAGCAUUUCAUGAGCAACACCAGUGUUUUGGCAGUACUUUGUGAGAAAACAGCCUGUCCAAAGAACGAGCUUCUGCAGAAUUGUUUGCUUUGUUGGGUUGUGCAAUCGGUUUGCUACCGUGCUCUCCGUGAGAAUGAUGGCCGCCACACACACUUGCCACCGAAUGCAACCAGAGACAUUUGGCUAAAUGUACGCCUUCUGAAAUUUGUUGAAUAUAUCUAUGUUUAA